ACCUUUGUUCCACCUUCAUCAUCACUGAGGGAAGCCUGUGUUCCACCUUCAUCAUCAGGGAGUGAAACCUCUGUUCCACCUUCAUCAUCACAGAGUGAAACCUCUGGCUGAACACGAUGCUGCAGUCGGACCUCCUCUCCUACACUCGGCUGCGAUGGCUGUUAACCAUCGCAGGACUCUUCCUGUAUGUGGUGGACAUUGGGACAGACGUCAGAUUGGCUGUGAAGUAUUUUCAAGAGGAACAUUUUGUGUGGACUGCACUGACUCUCGGGUUUGUUCUGGCUGGGCUGCUGGUGACGCAGAUCUUCAGCUACGCCUGGUACAGGGACGACGUGAGUGAAGUUCUGAAGAACUCUGAGGGAGAACAAACCGUAUUAGGGAUGUCCAAAGGUGCACUCGUUGUCCUGCACCUGUUUGGCGUAGGCAUCUUUACCAGGUAUUAUCACCUGCUGAGAACGGGCUUCAAAGUGGUUUGUAAGACGACUAAUUCCUUAACCGAGGAAGAAAGGAAGGACGAGCACCACAAACUGUUCUGCCUGGCGACGGAUCUGAGCAUGCUCAAACUGUUCGAGGCCUUCCUGGAGAGUGUCCCGCAACUGCUGCUGCAACUGUACAUAGUGCUGGACCACAGCCAGUGCUCCGUCAUGCAGUAUUUAUCAAUGGCCUUCUCCUUCUUUAACAUUGCCUGGGCGCUGGUGGACUAUCGCCGCUGCCUGCGUAGAUCCCUCCCCCAAAUCAGGGAGAUGCCCUCCGGCCUCCCCACAGCCAUCUACCUCCUCUACAAACUCUGCACCAUCACCAGCCACAUCCUCAGCUACACCCUCCUCCUCAUACUGAGUCCCUACAGCGCAAUCGGCCUCACCGUCCUCUGGCUGCUGGGGACAAUGUGGACGCACCUGCUGCAGACCAACUUCUGCUCCUCCGGGAGUCUCGAGCUUCUGUACCGAGCGGUCAUCGGGGUCAUCCUCACGUUCACCUUCUUCAACGUCAAAGGGCAGGACACCAAACUAGCCAUGAUCAUCUACUACUUGUUCUUUGCUUCUGUAAACAUUACGGCUCCUUCCCUGCUGGCUCUGUUGAGGCCGGAGCUGCAGAUGUCCACGUUUCUGCUGACAGUCAGCGGAUUCAUCUUCGGGGGCUCGGUGCUGGGGCUAGUGUGUCUCGUGCUGUACUACCUCCUCCUGCACCCCAGAGAGAAGAGAGGAGAGGCAGACGAGGUGGACGGCCCGGGGAGUGAGAGCACACGGAGGAUAAGAAACUUUUUACAGCCAUAAGGAUGUAAUUCUGUGUGUGUGAGGGAGAGACUAUGAACCACUGGACAAGUCGUUGUUCAUUAAUACUACGACCAUCAUCUGAUAAAGCUGAGUGUAUGAAUGACAUUUUAUUUAUUUGUGUUAUUUUAAUAAACGUGUCUCUGAAUCACAUAUUUAUUCUUAUCCUAUCAAAGUAAUGAACAUGUACUGUGUGAUGCACAAAGACACAAUAAUAAACAUAAUUGUUA